UCCGGCGCGCGCGGGAUGAGGCGACUUCAGUUUUUGCCCGGGACUGUGGAAGAAGCAGGGAGCACUACGGACAAAAAGUGGGACUUCAGCAGCAUUGAGAGCAAAUUUUCUUUAAGGACACCUGGGAAACCUGAUGAAGACACCUGCCUCAUAGUUCCUGGCCAGGAAACCAGUGUAUCGCAGUGCAGCUUCAAUCAUACCAGUAAAACCUUUGUGGUUAUACAUGGAUGGACGGUGAUUGGCAUGUACGAGAGCUGGGUCCCCAAGCUGGUAAAGGCUCUGUAUCAAAGGGAACCCCAUUCAAAUGUUAUUGUCGUCGAUUGGCUGUCUCGAUCCAGCUUACAUUAUCCAGAUUCUGCUGCCUACACAAAGGAGGUGGGAGAAGAUGUUGCCAAGUUUGUUGACUGGCUGGAGGAGCAAUUCAGUUACUCACUGAACAAAGUCCAUUUGCUGGGAUACAGCCUUGGUGCCCAUGUUGCUGGCAUUGCUGGGAGUCUGACCACUAAUAAGAUUAACAGAAUUACUGGUUUAGAUCCUGCUGGCCCUAACUUUGAAUAUGCUGAGGCAUCCGUACGCCUUUCCCCAGAUGACGCUGUCUUUGUAGAUGUCUUGCACACUUUCACAAGGGGGUCCCCAGAUCGCAGCAUUGGAAUACAGAAACCUGUUGGGCAUGUUGAUAUCUACCCUAAUGGAGGUAUCUUCCAACCUGGUUGCAACGUCGCGCAAGCCCUGCUCCUGAUUGCAGAAGGAGGACUUCAAGACGCAGAUCAGCUACUGAAAUGCUCCCAUGAACGCUCCAUUCACCUCUUCAUCGAUUCCCUCUUGUACGAGGAGAAACCAAUCAUGGCCUAUCGCUGCAACUCAAAAGAAGCCUUUGACAAAGGGCUCUGCUUGAGCUGCAGAAAGAACCGCUGCAACAACUUGGGCUACAAAGCCAACAGAGUAAGAAGCAAGAGGGGAACCAAGAUGUAUCUGAAGACUCGAAGUCAAAUGCCUUACAAAGUCUAUCAUUACCAAGUCAAGAUCCAUUUUUUCGCAAAGGUGAAUACAACCAAGAAAGACCAGCAAUUCCGUCUCUCUUUCUAUGGCACGAAGGAUGAAAGUGAGAAUAUUGCAAUUUCACUGCCUGAGAUCUCCACAAACAAAACCCAUUCGUUCCUGAUAUACACAGAAGUUGACAUUGGGGACUUGCUCAUUGUCAAAAUCCAGUGGGAGAAAGGCUCAUUUCUCGACUGGGCCGAUUGGUGGGGUACUCCUGAGUUUGGCAUCCAAAAAGUCAGAGUCAAGGCUGGAGAAACCCAGAAAAAGUUGGUGUUCUGCUCUCGCGAUGGAUUCUCUUACCUCAAAAAAGGAGGCGGAGCUGUGGAAUUCGUGAGAUGCCUUGGAAAAAACUCCGUUGAUCACGAUUCAUGAGACCAGGUCAAGUCACGAAAUAAAUAUCAGCGCUUGAGUUCCUCGAAGACUAGCAAGUGGGUGAAGAAGUUCCAUUCAGGGAAAGAGCCAAUAUGUUGGCUGUUCGGGGGCUGAACCCAUUGAAAUAUUUAUCGGUCUUCUGCAAUGCUGUCUACUUUCUUCGUUGCUCUAAGAGACUCUCGCCCAACCCAGGCUCUAGACUGGUUGCACCAGAAUGCAGUUGGGGUUGCCCAGUUGAACGCACACCCAACUGAAAUGAAUGCAGUGCAACAGACAACAUUUUCAACGAGAAUUCAAAUCUUCACUGUAUUCCCGAUCCAGCAAAUGAUAUGCGUGCAGAAGCCUACUGUAAAAUAUGGGGAUGCCCUUCUCUGGGUCAGAGCAUUUUUGUUACAUCUCAGUAUGCAAAAGAGUGCACACUAGCCAACUGUUCUUUUUUAAAAGAAGCCUCUCACAUUGCAUUGAGAGCAAACUACCAUAAUUGUCACACCACCCUGUUACAAAGUUUCUCACUUUUUUAUAAUGUACUGUGUGUAAAAAAACCCAAAACUAUUUAUUGAAAGGCUAGAUACUUCAGUUGAUGAGUUUGUAUUUUUAUAGGUUUUUUUAAUGAUCACUUGAACAUUAUGCUGGACAAUUUCCAUUCAGGUCAUUCAUUCAGUGUUGCAUCCUUUGACUGAAAUGCAAUAAUUUCACUUGAAGGGGGAGGGCAAUAGAUAGAGUUCUCACUUAACAUAUUCCUGUUAUAUACAUUUCUCCUCCAACCCUGAGCAUGACUGAAAGACUGCAUGGUGAAGUCUCUGCAGUUGGUCAGCACUUAUGUACACUUAGGUAUUACUUAUUGAACACUUACUUUUUAAAUAGGAUAAUAAAUUUUCCAGAGAAGAAGCUAGCAUUUUUUUAAAUGUCCUAUCUUCAUUUUUUUAAACAAGAAUGCAGUGCAUCUGUAUAAAAACAUAUGCACUCUCUGGCACUGUACCAAGCAAUUAGUAAAUAGCAGUAACGGUGUGUUAAAAGAUUGCAGGAACACUAUUUCCGUUAUCAAUUUCAAUUUGACAACUAGUCUUGAGCAAUUGUUACAGCUGCGAUCAUUGUUCCUAGGACUAGGAUAAAGGACAAACACCUCUUUGUUUCUGGUAUACUUAAAUUUGGGGAUGGAACCUCUUUUGUUGCUCAGCAAUAUGAAGAACAGCAGAACCUUGAAUAACAGUGUUUGUCUGAAAUCAUGCAGGUUUUAACAAAAAGCAGUAUUGCACACUUUUAGAAUAUGCACACUUUCAUAUUAUGCACAAGCGUUACACCCUUUGAAUCAGAAAGUCAUGGACACAUGGACAAGCUAUAAAACAAAGGGGCCCUGAGAAGUAUUUACUAGAAUGCUCAAAAUACUUUAGUAAUCAUUUCAGUUUUGUAGCUGAUAACUCAGUUAAAACAAAAAGCUGUUUUAUGAGGAUACCGGGAAAAGCAUACCUGGAAAUAUAUAUGUACUGACCUUCUAUCUCUUGUUCCGAGGGGCUAUCUGACAUUUAAUAUUCAUUGUUUGAGCAAAAACAUGUCACAAAUAAAUUGUUACCAAAAUCCUGUGUGUGGCGACAAAACUGUGGUCCAGUACGCACGUAACCCAGUCUAACACAACAAACUGCAUCCUUCAAGAACAUUCUUUUUAAAAAAGAAUUUAUAAUAGUUUAGCUGGCUCAAAAAUGAUUUCUAUGCCCUGAUGAACUAUGGUGUAGGCAUGAUAAUUUUGAGUUUGAUAACUAAGUACUGAAGGAGAUCUAUAAAGAUGAGGCAGUGUUUCUUCUUGACGAAAGUUCAUACUUCCAUUUUCAAAUUCCUGAAAAGUGAGGGUUCAGUAUCUAUAAAUGUAUUAUGAAUUGCACAUUUAAAGGCAAAAUCAAAUAUAAAUAACAGCAUUUGAUCAUCAAAUGGUGAAGUAUUUUAUAUGUGAGAAAAUAAAACUAGGCUUUAAAUGUUCUUAUUUAUUAUCUGUAAAAUACCUGUAUGUAUAUGUGCCAAAAGGUUAGUUUGUAUAUAUUGCUGAAGUUAUCACGGCUAUAUGCAUAAUAAAAAAAGUGCCAAUUUUUCUAAAUGAGAAAUUAUCAAUCAGUUAUAUGAAAAAUGCUGCAAUGAAAAACCUUUCCUCCUCCCCAAGAUGCAUCUCCAUUUUGUACUACACUGAAAUAUGAAAGCUUAUUAAAAGUUAAUUUAGAAUGAAA